AUGGCUGCUCCGGAUGACCCGCGCAAGGGGGUCAUCCGAGGGGUGGACCUUGACAUCGAUCCGUCCCCGUCGGAGGAGCACGACUGCAAGGCGACUUGCAAGCUGUGUGGUGGCGCGCACGACACAGCAGACACGAAGUGCAAGCAGCGUUUCCUGAUCCCGUACGUGGUGAGUCACAGAAGAAGGGAGAGGCAGAAGCAGGACUCUUUCCGUGAUUUUCGGCAAGAAUACGACGGGGAGAAGAAGGCUUCCCGCCACUACGCAUGGGCAAGCCAGGGGGUGCCAGUCCUCGCCAUCGUCUACUACCUGCAGCGAAAGUACGCUCACAACUCCGAGUUGUACCCCGAAUGCAUUGAGCAGCGCACCCGCGUCGAUCAGAUUCUCUACAGCGUGGCUUGCAGCAUUCGGCCUCACCAUAUUACCUUCUUUCACCGACGCUUUGGCGACAACAGCAAACCAACUGAAGAGGAACAGGCCGACUUCGAGGAGAAGGUCCUGGGGGGAAUCCAGUGCCUCAUCGGCCAAGGUCCGUUCGCCGCCGGCGACACGCUCACGGUAGCUGUUCUGAGCAUCCUCGCCUUCCUGGCUCUCUCACUUGACAUUGACUACGUGAACAGUGUCAGGUUUCCUGAUCUCUUCGAGUACUGCGAGCGUGUAAAAGGCGCGCUUUCUUACUUCGAUGACGUAUAUGGUUCUACUAUUAGGCUAUACCGGCGUAUCUGGGCUCAGCUACAGUAAGCUGCUGUUUACAUGCGUAGAAACCAGCGAAUGUGGUGACGUAAG